AUGCUUCACGAAAUAUUAUUUGCCCUGCUUGGAAAAACAGGAAAUAUAAUAAUUGAGGAAAAUAAUUCAUUUAUUUUAGACCCAAGAAUACAUUUUUUAAAUAAUUCGGAAAUCCAAGCUGUUAAUUCUCUUGUAUGUUUAGGUUAUUAUUAUAAAUACUUAGAAUAGUUUUUAGAUGAAAAUUACGAAAGUUUUUCCAAAAUAUAAUUUAAACAAGAAGAAAUAUAUAAAAUAUAAGAUUUAGACGAAUGUCCAAUAGCAGAAAAUAUAAUUAUAGGUAAUAGUGCAUAUAUAAAAGGUUUUUGUUUAGGUUUAGAAGAAACAUUAGAUAAUUAUAGGGAAGAAAUAGUAUAAAUAGAAAAACAAUAUUUAACAUAAAGAGCAUAUACAAUAUCAUCAUUAAAAAUUCACCUUACUUCUUAUUUUGAUAUUCUUCCAAGUUUACAUAAUACAAUAAUUGAAAUAUUGGAAGGAAAUUUAAAAGGUGGACAACUUUUAGAAUUUAUAUAUAAUAAAGGAUAAUCAGGAAACACGUAUUUAAGGGACGUUUAUUAAAUUUUAAUGAAUUAAUGUUAUUAAGUCUUAUUUUAAUAACUUAGUUCUUGGCUUUUAUAUGGAAACUUAUAAGAUUUUUACAAUGAAUUUUUCAUAUAUAGAAUAGAAGAAGUUUAAAAAUAAAUUAAAUACUAAACAUUUUAAAACGAAGUUCUAGAAAAUGAUUGGGAUAAUGUUUUUUCUCUUAGAUAUCCUAUGUUACCUUAAAUUCUUAUUUCCCAUAAAUAAGCAGAAAAAAUACUUUUUAUAGGAAAAGGAAUUAGAAUUUUAAGAAAUACCUAAGUUUAAUAUUAAUAGUCUUUUUUACCAUUAAAUAAUAUGCUUUAAUUAGUAUAAGAAUUAUCUAAAUUUGAUAGUUUUAAAUUUUAAAAUAAUAUUGAAUAAUUAAGGCAUGAAAUAGCUAAAUAGCUUCUAGAUUUAGUCUUAAAAAAAGAAAAUUUAAUGAAAUAUUUAGGAGUACUUGACUAAUAUUUUUUUUUGAAAAACGGAGAAUUUUUCAAAGCUUUUUUUGAAGAAACAAGGACUCUAAUGUAACUACCUCCAAAAGCAGAAACCGAAAAUAUUCUAAAUGAUAUAAUAGUAACAAAAACAAUAAUGAAAUUAAAAAACGACGAAGAAUCAAUAAGUAAUAUGAAAGAUUUUCGUUUUAAAAUAAAAAAUAAUGGAUUUGAUUUUAAAGAUUUUUCCUCUAUUAAUGAAUUAACAAUUGUUGGUAAUGUAUCUUAAAACGCAAAUAAAUAUUUAAGAUUUUAGCCAAUGAAAAAUGGGAAAUAAUCAGGUUCAUUAUGGUAUAAUUUUAAAUAAAAUAUUGAAAAUGGAUUUAAGUUAAAUUUUAGAUUUCGAUUCAAAAAAGAAAGAAAUUUUUUAAUGUAUAAAUAUAAUUAAUAUAAUAAAUUUUUAUUAUCUGAAAAAUAAAAAAAGAUAAAAAUAACGCAAAAAAAAAUCCUUUCUUAUAUAUAACUUAUUUAAAAAAAGUAAGGAAACCAUAAAGAAAAUCUACUUUUUAAUCAUAAUUUAAAUGAAUUAAUAGAUUUUACUGAAGAGCAAAUUCAUUAUAUAAAAAUACAAUAUGACUCUAAAAAGCUGAUUUUAAUAUUUGAAGAUAAACAAGCUUUUUAAUAUGAUAUGGCAUUUAAAUAAAUAAUUAAUUUAGAUAUGGGCAGAUCAUAUAUAGGUUUUUUAUAGGAUUCAAUUAAUGGCAAUUGUGCAAUUGAUAUAUAUAGUUUUUAAAUGAUAAAUUCUAAUGUUUUUAAUAAUGAAGAUUGUUGGAAUGGACUUAUGAUUGAGUUUUAAGCAAAAUGGCCCCUAAAUUUAAUGAUUUCUUCUCAUAUAAUCGAAAAAUAUAAACUUUUAUUUCGAUAUUUAUUUCCUAUAAAUUAAGUAUAAUUAGAAUUAUAUAGGACUUGGCUUUAUUUAGUAAAAAACUAUAGAAAAUAGGCACUUGAUUGUAAUUUAAAUAAUGUAUUUAAACUCAAAAAAUAAUUAAGUAUUGUUAUUUAAAGUAUUUGGGUUUAUUUUCACAAUGAUGUUAUUGAAAACUAAUGGAAUAAGUUAUAAGAAAAAGUAAAAGAAAUAUAAGAUUUCGAAGAAUUAAGAAAAUUAAUAGAGUUAUAUUUAAAUUCAAUUUAAUGUUAAGUAUUUUUAACUGAACCUUCUACUAUAAAAACAAUUUUUGAUAUAAUUAAUAUAUGUAGGAAAUUUAAUUAUACUAUAGCAAAUAUAGAGAUUUUAUACGAUUAAUUUGAUAAUAUAAGAAACGAAUUGAACGAAUAAAUAAAAAUUUUAUUAAAUUAACUUAUUCAUUUAACAAAAACUACGAAUUCAAGUUUUAUUUAUUAAUUAAUUCUUAGAUUGGAUUAUAAUGAAUACUACAGAAAAUAGUUUAUUUGA